AUGUCGGCUGUCGUCAUCGCGUCGAGCGCGGCGGCGGCGUCGCGCGCCGUCGCGCCGACGCCGCGCCCGCUCGCGCGUCGUCUCGUCCGCCGGGAGGGUUUCCUCCCUUCCUCGCGACGACGGCGCGGCGAUCCCAUGCCCGUCGUCGUCGCGUCCGCCGCGCCGCCCGCGGACGCCUCGCCGCCCGCGGUCGCGCCCGCGCACCUCCGCGCGACCGUCACGCCCGUCCCGCCGGAAGUCGCGGCGGCGGGCGGCAUGCUCCUCGCGGACCAGCCGGGGAUGGCGGCAGGCUUCGGCGAACUCACCGCGCACGAUUUCCUGCGCGUGAACGUCGACGUCCCGAACCUCAAGGUGCUGUGCGUGGACCCGCCCGUGUGCGUCGUGGAGGACUUUCUCACCGCGGAGCAGUGCGACGCGCUCGUGGACGCGGCGGGGCGAGCGGGGAGAUGCGCGUCAGCGCCGUCGGCGGCGUCGACUCGCGGCCUCAGCGGUAGCAAGGGCGCGUUCAAGACCCCCACGACGCGUCGCCGUACUCGUUCGAGCUGCCGCAGGUGGCGCACUACGAGGGCGGGGAGUAUUUCAAAACGCACGAGGACGCGUUUCCGGAAAAGGGUACCAGCCACAGUGCUCGUGUACCUGAACGACGUGGAGGAGGGCGGAGCACGCGGUUCGAGAAGCUCUCCUGUUCUUCCCCGGGACGAAGGCGUCCAUGCCGGACCAGCGGACGUUACACACCGCCGUGGAAGCGGUGCCCGGGCACGAGAAGUGGAUCUCGCAACUGUGGGUGUGCGCGCACGCGGGGAAGCACGCGAAGGGCCGCGGAGAAGGCGGCGAAGAAGGCGGCGAAGAAGGGCGGCGGCGGCGGCGGCGGCGGCGGCGGCGGAGGGAGGAAGUAGGCCCUCGCGUACAGUAGGAAACUUGUGUAGGCACCCGGCCGCGUCCGCGCAAUGCCGUCAUCGCGCGUCACGUCGUCAACACCCUCCUCGUCGUCGUCACUCACGCAUCGCGAUCGGCGCGGCGUGCGCGCCUCCGACCGCUUCCGAGUCUCGCGCCCGCCGCGCGGGUUCCCUUCCCCUCCCUCCCUCCCUCCUCGCGAAGGAGCGUCUCGGCGACGCGGCGCGCGGCGUUCGCGGAGCGAGCGCGGAGGAGGGCGAGCGAGGCGCGCGAGCGAGCGCGCCCCGCCCGGGAUCCGCGUCGUCCGUCCGUCGUCCCGCGCCGAUUUACACUGGUUCCCAUACGACCGCGUUGGCGAGGUGGACGCCGAUCCUUAAGGACUUUGCGUAG